UGACGUAUCUGGAGCCACUUCCUGGUCUGUCUGCUAUCUGGGAGGAGGAGGGGGAGACUGCAGUGUUGUUAGUUUGAACAAAAUGGCUGCGAGACCACUGUCAACGAGAGCUCACUGAACGCCUACCAUGACUGUCCGCUACGCUGUCUGGAUCCACACAGAAUGUAUUUCCUCGGAGUCGUUUCUCACUUUGCAUUUGCGGUAGCCAGCCUGUCGCUAGUCGCCCAGCUGGCGACCUAAACAAAAACAUUUAUUUUGCACUUUAAAACAAGUUGGCUGGCUGGCUGGCCGUCGGCUUGUUCCUACACGGGAGAACUCAUCUGCGCUUUUAUUUUUUUUUUUUUAACGAAAACUGCCUGAUUUCUCAACAGUCGACGACCAAAAACGUCAACCAGCGUCAACGUUAGCUCACAUUAUACAGCUGCGUUUAAAAGUAAUUUUUAUUCGUUAUUAUUUUUUUUUUGUUGUUAGUGGUGCUUCGGUCCCCUCCCCGCCCCCAUUAUAUCGUGGCGUUUUAACAAACUGUUUUUUUUUUUUCUCGACGAGUGUAAUUUCACUGCAUAUUUUUUAAAUGUUUUUGUUUUGCCUAAAGCAUAAAUAACCGUACUUGCUGUGUGUAUAUCUGGCUGAGUAGCCGUUGUUUACCUCGGUAUCUUGUCACCAAGCUGCUUCAGCAGCAGUCGGCUUAACGUUCUCUGCCAAGUCUGACUUCGAUUGCGACUGAAUCUCUGCUCCAUCUCUUUACGGGUAACUUUAGAAAAGACAUCGGAGAAUGCUUUUCUGCAUAUUUUUUCUGCCAUGCACCGACUCUCUCACCGAAAGCUGCCAAAUCCGUGGUUAACGCAAGCUGAGAGAAGCUAGCAACAGAGGAAAGAGAACCAUUUGAUGGAAGAAAAGAAAAAGAAAAAACAAGAAGAAAAGACCAAGACGGACGUCGCUCAGAAAAAGGCUGCUGAUCAGAAACCCAAAGUGCCAGAGCCUGCUCCCACUAAGCCCAGUCUUGGCCCACCCCACCACCUCCACCCCGCCAGCCCCACGCUGCCCCUCUCCACCUCCUCUUCUUCUGGCAAUGGCAAGCGCGCCUCCUCCAGUAGCCAACUCCCGACUCCCCCUCAGCAGCAGUGCCAGUUGUCCUCUGCCAGUGCUCGCUACCCGCCUAGAGAGGUGCCCCCACGCUUCCGCCAGCAGGAGCACAAGCAGCUACUGAAGAGAGGCCAGCCACUGCCGGCAGGAGCCCUCAGCGCUCUUACCCUCUCCUCCUCCUCUUCCUCCUCCUCUUCACCUCCAUCAUCUUACUCUUCUUCUUCUUCUUCUUCUUCUUCUUCUUUGACUACCAGCAACGCUACCCCAAACUCUGCCACGUCCGCUGCGGGCAAACGCCACCCAGACAUAUCCCUCCAGAGUGGCCCUGUUGCCCGGUAUGAGACCUCUCAUUGGGGAGCCUCUUUGCCAGUUGAGAGCCCCUCCAGUGCCAGCAGCUGGGACAAAGUGAUUAUUGACGGAAGUGACACAGAAGCUUGGCCCUCCAUCAGCCGCAGCAUUGAUCCCAGCCACCCUGCAGCACCAGAAUGCCCCUUGGGCUCAGCUUGCUCUAACCAAGACACCAGUGCUGUCACUACCAUCAGUAGUAGUAGUUUUCUGAGUAUGGCCACAGGUGCCGCAGGCCAGCAGGCCCACUACACCCCUCUCAAAGCCAACAAUAACAUGAUGACAGGACCUGGGUCAGUGAACACAUUAGCUGGUAAUAGAGGCUGGGGCUCAGAUGGGAAACAAGAUUGUAUGAAUGGUGGCCGAGUAGGAGCGCCCAAUAACUGGGGCUCUGCAAAUUUUAACUUGAACCUCAAUCCCAAUGCCAACCCAUCAGCCUGGCCUGUUUUGGGCCACGAGGGUGGUGGAGGUGGUGGAAUUGGCCCCAGUGGGGUGUCAAACUCCCCAUCCCUCCCACCAGGUAUUAAUGGUAAUGGAAACAUGGGAAAUGGGAGCCUGGGAGGUGCUGAUAAUGGUGGAGGAGGUUGGGUUAACAUGAUUAGUGCUAACGAAAAUGAUCAACAGCACCCUUCAACCAACACAAGCUUGUCCUUCAAUAUGGAACCUGCUAACAUUAACACUGACGGAGCAAACCACACUAAGCAACAGCAGCAAGCUCAGGAGCCUAUGAGCCCUAUCCAUGGGUUAACUGGCUGGGGAGGCCAUUCACCCACUGAAUCAUCCCAGCUCAAUGGGGACACAACAGGCAGCUCUUUAUGGGGUAGUGGAGAAACCAAGGCAGCCGACUCUUCCAAGGACUCAGGCUGGGACUCAGCUACCUCUGGAGGCCUCUCUGCCUGGGGCCGCCAAGGCAGUGGUGGUGAGAGUAGUGGAAGUGGUGGCUGGGGUGACUGGGGGAAAUCCUCUGGUGGUGGAGAUGCAUCAAAAGGCUGGGACUCAGUAGAUGCUGGUAGUUCUGGAUCAGGCCAAGAGCAGCAACUUAGCUCAUGGGGUCAGAAGCCUGGAACAGCCCCAGCAAGCGAGGGUAGUGGGGACAGCAGUGAAGGUCGAUCACACAAUAGAGAGAGGUCCUCCAGCAUGGAAUUUUCCCCUCUGCUACCCCGGCAGGACCUGGACCCUAGGGUGCUGAGUAACUCUGGUUGGGGACAGACCCCCAUCCGUCAGCACACUGUAUGGGAGAUGGAGGAAGCCACCUGUGAUGAUGGGAAGAGCAACAGCAGCUCAGACACCUUAGGAGGCUCCAGCUCAAAUGUUGGACCCUCAUCCACCAAUGGAGGUACCAUCAACCCAAACAUUGGCCCCAGUCAGAGGCCUGGGUCUGGAGGAAAAACUGACAGUGACGGAUCAUCAUCCUCUGGCUGGGGAGUCCCUCCACCUCAGCCAAUCCAGACCGGAUCAGGAUGGGUGGACCCCCCACAGUCACUCAGCAAAGCACCGAAUGGCACUACAAGUGGCUGGGGAGACCCUUUGUCUACCAAUCGUCCUAGAAAUGGAGGCACACCAUCCUGGGGUUCUGAGGACAAGUCUCCCAGUUGGGACGAUGGCCAGAAGAAAAGUCAGCCUACUAGCUGGGGAGAGGGUCCCAAAAGCUCCCACAGUUGGGGAAACGGUAAUGGAGGCUCCAAUGGCUCCAGCACAGGGCAAUGGGGAGAGGCAGAGGUCAAGAACAAUGGGUCUGGCAGCAGCAUGUGGGAAGGAGAAGGAAGCAAUGGAGGAACUGGUGGGUGGAAAGAAAGCCCCAGAGGAGGAAAUAGAGGAGGAGGAGGCUGGGGUAAGCCUGCUCCUACUAUGAGUAACAGCAGCUGGGGGGAGACCUCACGUGCCAAUGGCCCAGUGCAGGCAGGCUGGGGCACUUCCAAGCCUCAGGAGAGCAGCAGUAGCAGCAGCAGCACUGACAGUGGAGGAGGAGGCAGCAUUUGUUCAUGGGGUGGUCCUGGUUCCGUGAAGCAGAACCCAUCUGGCUGGAGCAAUGCUAGCAAACAGGACCAGGGCAUGGAGCCAACUGGCUGGGAAGAGCCCUCCCCUCCCUCCAUCCGCAGAAAGAUGGAGAUUGAUGAUGGAACGUCCACCUGGGGCGAUCCCGGCACCUGCAACAAGACUGUCAACCUGUGGGAUCGUAACAAUCCCAAUGGUAACCCAAGCAACAGCGGACCACCUCCUAGUAAGAAUGGUGGAGUGAUUAUCCCCAACAAUAACAACAACAAUCACCAUCACACUCACCACAUGCACCACCAUACUCAUCAUGGCCAACCCCCAACUCACCUGCAACACCAUGGAAACAACAACGGGUCACCCAACACUGGCGCUUCACAUCCAGGUGCAGGCCCCCAGGGUAGACCCCCCCUCACCAACCCAGGUUGGGGAGAACUUCCCAGUGUUCAACCCAAGUCGGAGCCUGCUUGGGGAGAGCCAGCAACUCCGACAUCAACUGUGGACAAUGGCACCUCUGCCUGGGGCAAGCCCCAAGGGGUAGUAGGAGGAUGGGGAGACGGUGGCCACGAGCCCUCUGGACCCUAUGGCAGAGCCAACGGACCCCCAGGUUCUGCACCCUGCAAGCCAGGCCCAAAAUCUAUGCAAGAUAGCUGGGGAAAUGGAGGAGAGGAGAUGGGCAUGUCUACUGGCCAAUGGGACGCUGAGGAUGGGGACAUGUGGAACAGCCCCACCUCCCAGGAGAGCAGCUCUUCUUGCAACUCCUGGAGCAAUGGACCCAAGAAGGGCCCUAGCAAGGGGAAGAUGGGCAACAAGCCAGAUGAGGCGUGGAUCAUGAACCGUCUCAUCAAACAGCUCACUGACAUGGGCUUUCCGAGAGACCCUGCUGAGGAGGCUUUGAAGAGCAACAACAUGAAUCUUGACCAGGCCAUGAGCGCCCUGUUGGAGAAGAAGAUUGACCUGGACAAGCGGGGCAUGGGCAUGUCUGAUUACAGCAAUGGCAUGAACAAGCCCCUGGUUUGUCGGCCCUCUGCACUCUCCAAAGACCCCUCUGACCGCACCGCCUUUCAUGACAAGGAUGGUGUUCUGUCAGAUGAUGCCCCCCCAUCACCGUUUCUGCCUUCUCCCAGCCUGAAGCUCCCCCUGGCCAACAGUAGCCUUCCAGGGCAGGGUCUGGGACAGGGCAACCCGGGGCUGGUCAUGCAAAACUUGAACAACAGACAGAUGCCCAGUGGAAUGUUUGGCAGUAGUGGAGCAGCACAAACCCGGGCCAUGCAGCAGCAGCCGCCUCCUCAGCCACCAGUGCCACCUCUCAGCUCCUCCCAGCCUAGUCUACGUGCUCAAGUGCCUCAGUUUCUCUCCCCUCAGGUCCAAGCACAGCUCUUGCAGUUUGCAGCAAAAAACAUUGGUCUGAAUCCUGCACUUUUAACUUCACCAAUUAACCCUCAACAAAUGACUCUCUUGUACCAACUUCAGCAACUGCAAAUGGCGUACCAGCGUUUACAAAUCCAGCAGCAGAUGAUGCAGGCGCAACGCAAUGUUUCCGGCCCAAUUAGACAACAAGAGCAGCAAGUUGCACGCACAAUCACCAACAUGCAGCAGCAGAUCCAGCAGCACCAGCGCCAGCUGUACCAGGCGCUGCUGAUGAAGCAGCAGCAACUUCCCUCUCAUUCCUCUUCCUCCGCCGCUGGUCUGCAUCCCCCGGGCGGCCCCGCCGGAGGCCCUGGCUCUAGCAAAUCAACCAUGGAUCCCUUCACAGGCCCACACCACGCUUCGGGCCUCGCCGACACACUGCACACCAAAGAGCCACUGUCUUCGCCCAACGCCUACAGCACCUAUCAACUCUCUGGACUGAAUCCAAAUAUGAAUGUAAACUGCAUGGAGGUUGGCAGUCUGUCCCUGAAGGAGCCCCCUCAGCCUCAAUCCCGCCUGUCCCAGUGGACACACACCAACUCCAUGGACAGCCUCUCUGGCAACUCCUCAAACAUGGAGAACAACCUCAAUAAGCACGGUGCCAUAUCUGCUGCCUCUAGCUUGGGCCCCCCUGGGAAGCCCCCCCAGCUGGAGGAUUCAUACAGCCCUUACAAUCUGAUGUCCAGCUCUGAGUCCCCGACCAGCCCCCUGGUGCCCCCGGACAGCUGGGUCCAGGGCAAGAGCCCCAAUGAAAAGAUCUCCAAUGGGACCAACAUUAACUGGCCCCCAGAGUUCUGCCCAGGUGUGCCAUGGAAGGGCCUUCAGAACAUUGACCCUGAGAAUGACCCCAACAUGACCCCUGGCAGUGUCCCCAGCGGUCCCACCAUCAACACCAACAUUCAUGACGUCAAUCGAUACCUGCUGCGCGACAGGAAUGGAGAUAUGAACAGAGGUAAACUGUCUGACAUGAAGUCCACCUGGUCCCCAGGGCCCAUCUCCCAGAGCCAAGCCUCUCUGUCCCAUGAACUGUGGAAAGUCCCUCAGGGGCCGCGCAACACCACGACCCCUUCCCGUCCCCCGCCAGGCCUCACUAACAACAAGCACUCCUCCACCUGGGGCGGCAACUCGCUGGGCCUGGGCCAAGGCUGGAGUGGCUCCUACACCUCCGAGGGAACCACAUGGAGUACUGACAGCUCUAACAGGACCAGCAGCUGGCUGGUGCUGAGGAAUCUCACCCCACAAAUUGAUGGUUCGACUCUACGGACCCUGUGCAUGCAGCACGGCCCCCUGAUCACAUUCCACCUCAACCUAACCCAGGGGAACGCUGUUGUGCGCUACAGCUCCAAGGACGAGGCCGCAAAGGCCCAGAAGUCUUUGCACAUGUGUGUGCUUGGAAACACCACCAUCCUGGCGGAGUUUGCCGGGGAGGAGGAGGUGAACCGCUUCUUUGCACAAGGCCAGUCACUAGGGGCAAACACCACUAGCUGGCAGGCCAACCCGGGAACCAAUCAAAACCGGAUGGGCGGGGCAGCGCAGUCCCACUCCAUUGGCCAGUGGAGCAGUGGUGGUGGCGGAGGAAAGGCCAGCCAAGGCGACCUGCUGUGGGGCGGGGUGCCCCAGUACUCCAGCCUGUGGGGACCGCCAAGUGGAGAAGACACACGCGUGAUUGGGAGCCCCACCCCCAUUAACACCCUGCUGCCCGGAGAUCUGCUUAGUGGGGAGUCCAUGUAGGGUGAUGCCACAAUACACUAACCAACCAACCCACAACAACACCAUGUCAUGUGAGCCAUCGGUGGAGGGUGGGAUGAAAAAGAAAUACAAAACAUAAAAAAAAAAUUCAAUAUGAACAGGAGCAAAACCCAAGCAAAUCAUGUGGCGAUAAUCAGUAUCAAUUUGAACUGUUAUGAAAUGUGAAUUGUAAAUCAGAAGGCCGGGGUCCCUACCGAAGACUGCAGACUCCAGUCCUUCUGUUUUGCGUUUCUGUUUUUUUGGUUUGGUUUACCUUUUUUUGGUAUUGCAUCAUAAAAAACAAACUGAAAUGAGACACAACACAAAGAAACCUUUUUAAGUGUUUUUAGUUUUUCCAUAAGUAUACAUGACAUUCUGUGUGAAGUGUUUUUAGGAGAAGCAAUCAAAGCUGCCAUCUGAGACUUUUCCCUCCCCAAAAAAAAAAAAAAAAAAAAAACAUCAUCCCAAAAUAAGACUUAAAAUGACCAUUCCCAGCAUGUCCAUGGCCAAUGAUGUGGUUCAAAGACCUUUACUAGUUAUGUUAAUGUUUGUUUCUCAGCACUAAUAUUAGCCUUAAGUGCUCUCUGGCCCAGGUCCUUCCCAAGCCGCCUUUUUUUAGUUUGUUUCGUAACUGAAGAAAUAGCUGAAAUCUUGCACAGUUUCACCUCUGAGCCAGCAAGUGGUACAGGAUAUGACUGGUGACCAACCCUGUCACUGAGCAGUAAGAAGGCCUGGCCACGUGACUGGCCCUACCAAUCAUCAGCUUAAGUAUUUUAAUUUUGUCUUCUCAAAGGGAUUGACAGCUGUUAAAUGUUUCUUUUUUGUAUGUGUAGGUCUAGACCCAAGCGCAUUUUUUGAUAUCUUAUCAUAUAAGCUGAGAGAAGAUUAUUUGUCAACCUUGCUGCGUGUCUCCGUUUCUGUACAUGUCUAUGUAUGUGCAGUCGCAGCUAAUCAUUGACGUCUGCAAGCCCAGAUCCUUCUGGUCACCUUCAACUUGGAACCUUCAACUGGUGCUUUGUUGAAUUUUCUAUUGUACGAUUUGUUACGAAGCCCAGUGGUAUGGUCAGCCAGUUUUCGGAGGAAAAAAAGAACACAAUUUCACCUUUAUGUGACAGUUACAUUGUGCAAUAUACACCAUAGACCUUUCUUCCGUCCAUACUCUGUCCACCGGAGCUGGUUUCUUAUUUUGUGUUUCGUUUUUGAUUGUUGCUGUUUGCAGCAAAAAGACACUUACCCCUUUUCAAAACUUGGAUUCCCCCCAGGCAGCCAAUCCCCCUGAAACUGUUGGGAACACUCUGCAAAGAGGAAGAUGCAGCGAACUGAACUAAAGAGUGACACUGGGUACACAAUAAUGCACACUUCCUCUCUGCAUGCCACAGCCACAUCCAACAGAAGACUGAAUCCACAGUGGGAUUGGAUGGUUCUGGGUAUCUGGCACAAUACCAAAUAAGAGGGGUUUCUCCUAAUGCAGUAGACCUACGAGUGUUCCUUGCGUUUGGUACUGUACAAACAGAAGACUUUUAUAAAAUUCAAAGGGUUUUAUCUUAGCACUUAUGAAGAGCAAAUCGCUUCAACUGCAAUCCAAUAAAUCAAAAAAAGGAGCAGCAAAAACAUUGAAAACGACAAAAAAAAAAUAUACUGCUCUUUUAUGUACUAUAUCUAUUCCAUGGAAAUGUGUCUGCCGUUGUUCCUCUGGUAGCAGGAUGAAGGGAAACAAAACUGAAAUGUACCGUUGGACUUUGGGUGGGGGGGACUGCAGUCUAUGAUAUUUUCUCCCCUUCUCCUUUGAACAAUAUCAAAGUGAAUAUCACUGUUACUCAAAAUGUUUAGCCUUGUUCAGUUUGGAGGCACUAGACUUGCAACGUCAGCUGUCUCUGACACCCGCUGUCAGUCAGUCACAGUGGGGUGGGGAGGGGGAGUGUCCACUGAGUGCCUCUCUGCUGUGGUCCUCUGGGUGCCAAGCGAUAGCCCCACAGCGCAGCACUUCCUCCUGGGCUCCGCUUGACCCUCCCUCAAUCUCGCAAGAAAAAGUGGCUCCUCCAAGACUGGUCAGUUGCAGCCCUCCGCCACAAACAGCAUCUCCAAGGGGGGGCUACCACCGCUGGACCCUGCUGUCGUUCCUGCCCUCUCCCCCAUCUCUCAGUUCUUUGACACAAAGAUCACUUUAGCUGGAAGAUGUAAUAGUCAUAUUUCUGGAAUUUUUGCCAGUGUGCUUUCUUUGUUUUGUUUUGGGUUUUUUUUUGAAAAGAUGAUUUGAUUUGAUUUGAUUUUUCAGUGUGUUAUAUUGUUGUUUUUUUGUCUACAUGCAGUGGUCGACAAAAUACUGGCUGCUGAACUAGCCCUUCACUGUUCAUAUGCAGAAACACUUUGGUCAGAGGUGCCUCUGUAUGUUCAUCCUGUGUAUUGAAUGCAAAACGAGGAUCAAUACUACAGAGCAUUAUUGAUUGUCUAUUGGUUUUUAACUGAUCAUGCUUUUGUGUUUGACAGUAUUCUGUAGUACUUCCAGGUAGUAUCUUGAGAUGUGUAAAAAUAGGGUGUCUCAGACGGGGGUGUGGGUGUCUGUCGCUCCAAGCUGCUCCGCCUGCCCGCAGGCUGUCCCCCCCUUGCCCUUUGCCUAGCUGCUAUGCUAUGACCUCCUUUCCUCCUCCACCUCAACCAGACCCAGUAGCCCCUCCCCUGACCAGGCACCAACAGGCUCUCCUAUCUGUUUCUAUGCAAAAGACUAGAGGCUGGGGCCCUUUACAGCACAUCAGACCUGACUUGGGAGUGAGCACUCCUCCCAGAGCUUUGCAAACCCUUAUACUCGUCCCCUGUGCGCUUCUGUCAGCACUUCAGGCUGCCGUUUCUGUAAAGUCAGGCUAAGCCACCAGAACACUGUCUUAUACUAAAGUUCAACCACUUCAUCAAAGGUCAGCCUUUCUCUCUGAGCUGAAGACACUUCUGUCCAGCUUGAUCUCAGGGUAGGGGAGUUGAUGAUACAAAGUAUGAGAUGCAGCUCUCCGUAUCUGUCCUUUCUACUGUGAGAGCAAAGUCUUAAAUUAAAAGGCCAUCUUUGCAACAAUAUGUACAGACCUCAUGCCUCGAACUUAAUCCUAAUUGGAAGGGAAAAGGCUUGUAUUGAAUCCUUUUCUCAAAAGGUGGCCUAUCGUUACUGUUUGGGGGCCCCUUGUUGCACGUAAAAGAUGCUAAUAUAAUGUGCCAAUAUAAAUUUCUGUGUAAUACUGUAUCUUUAUAGAUAGCACUUCUGUUCCCUGUUCGGAGGAGCUUUGAUAACCUUUGCAGAGGGUGCAGCGGGGGACAGGAGGGAUCAAACAAAUGGGCGGCAUCAUCACACCCUUAGACGACUGAGUUUUUUUUUGUUUUUUUUGUGGGGAAUGCCCCAUGCUAAGGAGAAAAUCUUUACCCAGUUGGGGGUUCCAGUUUGCUACAGUGCACAGUUGAUGGGUAAUCCCGGGUACAUAUUUUUUUAAAACCAAAAAUGAAAUCACAUUUUAAUGUCAUUUUUAUGAAGUUUGACACAAAAAUCUUAAAAAUGCUAAAAAAUCUAAAUGGAAAAAAAAAAGAUCUAUAAUAUGUUAAAGCUCUGCACUUCUAGCUGAAACGUCUCCGGUCAUCAGCCUCUACUACCACCAUCUAAAGGAGUAGAUUGGUGGCCGGGGUGCCUUUUUGUGGAUGCUGUAUUUAUCUUGUUUUUAUGUUUGUGUCCUGCUCAAAGCGGGCCCACUGAACUGUACAUUUCCACAGACCCAGAUGGCUUGGGCCCACUGUAUCAGCCUCACUCUCCUCGCUCUGCAUCAGCAGGAGGGGAGGGGCAUAUUUCAAGAGGUACAAAGUCUUAAAAACAUUUUAAAAAAAGUUUUAAAAAUUAAAAAAAAUAACAAGAAAACGGGAAAAGGCUACCUUUCAGGACUUGCAGUCCUGCAGCACACAAGCAAAAAUCACUAUUGCCUGUUUCUGUAACUGCCUUGAUCCAAGCUCAGACAGACCCAAUAGCCGAGGACCUCCCAGCAUCCUGUACUAACUGGAGAACCCUGACAGUGAAGGGGGUUUCCCAUGCUGCACCAGCAUUGAGAGGCUCUCCUCUCUACAGCUCUGUUCUAGGUAACAGUGUGUGUGUGUAUAUAUAUAUAUAUAUAUAUAUAUAUAUGUAUGUGUGUGUGUGUGUAUAUAUAUAUAUGUAUAUAUAUAUAAUAUACUGUGAGUAUGGUGUGUGGUAUCACCUCUUCAGACUUCUUGGAUCGUAACCUCUGAAACAUUUUAUUUUUGUUUGAAAGGUCUUUGUUUAAUACAACUGAAAAUGAGCAAUAUGUAUUUUCCCCGCAAAUAAGCGAUACGAAGGAAAGAAUUCGGGUUGGGUAUAAACAGAUACUUGAUUGACUGAAAGCUAAGUCUUUCUUACAUGGAGUUGGAUAUGCACGUUCUGGCUUUGAUGACAUAUUACAGUACUUUGAAGUGCUUGUACUGUACAUAUGUGUAUUUGUUAAUUAGCUUGUCUAAAAGCCCAAACCAACCAGUUGAUUAAAAAAAAUAAAUAAAUCACAAACAUAUCAAAACAAAAUAUUGAACACAAUAUACUUGAAUUAUGGAGCGCCAAUAACGUAAUGUGAAGUCAAUUCUUUUUUUGUUCUCUCCAUCUGAUAGGUACACUUAGGGGCUUGUAGAGAAUAUUAAAAAUGUAUUGUACUAAGUUACAAAUACAAAAUCUUUGAAAAAAAAUGCAAAAGUCUUCUUAGAGGUGUGCUUGAAAGUCAGAUGUUUGUAUGAAUGUGUGCGCAACAAACUGUGUGUACCAUGUGUGCACAUGGCCUGCUGUUCUGUUCCACUCAGUAUGUUAUUUUUUGUGUCUGUUUUUAUCAUCCUUUUUUGUUGUUUUUCUGUCAAAAACUAUUCUGAUAGACAUUGUUAUUAUCUUCUAAAGUUGCACUGAGUGUCUUCUACCCCUCACUCAGCUAAUCGUAGAUAAGCGAGUCUAAGUACGGAGGGGAGAUGGUGACAAUUCAUGUGUACAUGUUUACUCAAGGACUUAAUGGAUUUUUUUUUUAAAUUCUAUCUGUAAAAAGUUGAUCUACCUUAUAGUGGCUUUUAUUGUGGAAUAAUCCGAUACAAGGAUUAUCAGUGAGUAUUGCACCAUUUUGUUCCAGUUAUACAAAAAAUUUAGAAAAAAAAUUUCAAAAAAGAAAAAAGUACAAAAAAAACACAAAACAAAAAAAGGGGGGGAAAACAAAGAACUGUGGCCAUAGAUAGCUGUAGAAGGACUAGUAAUCCCUAUGUUAACUUCAUGGAGAAACGGAAAAAGUGUGGGAGGUGAGUUAGUUACAGGACUCAUUUCAGAGGUGCCUAUCUUUUCUUUUUCUUUUUUUUUUUGCUAAAGCCACCUGUUGUUUACAAGCAAGUGUCAUUUGUCUGACAUUCAAGAAAUAGGAUAGAAAUUUGUAACAGGAAUGUUAUAAAAACAAAAAUUAAUAAAAGGACACAUUUCAUCUUCCAUCAAACAUGGAAAUCUUGCAAAAUGAAGAUUUAUGCUACUUUAAGAACUCUGGGAUUGAUCAGUGUUGUGUCAUAUUUCAGUUUUUAAUUUCUCUUUCAGUGUCAACCGACUAUCUCUGUAUGUAUUGAGUUUUGAUUUCGUGUUUCCUGAAAGCGACGCCGUUUGCUCACUAUCUUGCACACUCAAAAAAGAUGUGGAUUUUGUCUCAGGAAGGCCAGGGUUCCAGAUAUUAACUCCAUCAUUUCUAGGUUUAAUGUUUGUGUGAAAAGAAAGGAAAAAAGCAACUGAAAACAAUUAAACUCCAAGCAAGCACUGAAGGUCACGAGUUUAACGGAAUAUAGAGAAACAAAAACAGUUCGUAGCAAGUUAUAUAUUUACCAAAAAAGACUGAGAAUCAACUUUGAAGUGGAGUGCUUUACGUGUGAAAUCUAAGUAGAAAUUGCUUUACAUUUAAACAAUGAUCAAUGGUUUGAUUGUCAAAAAGACAGUGACAGAAAAUACAUUUGUAUGUUUUGACUUUGUUCUUUAAGUUUCCAUCCCGUAGUUCAGGAGCAUCGUGCAAGAAUUUUUUUUUUUUUUUUUUUAAAUCAUUGCUCCUGUCUGUUAACAUGUCUGUUCCUGCAACAGUUAUUCAAUAAUUGAGAGAUUUCUUAUCUUGUAACGGAUGGUUUUCAGAGGCAGAUUGAAGUGGAGGAAUAAAGCUGUUUUUUGUUUGUUUUUAAGGAUCAUGAUCUAUGCACAAGUGGGAGGGACGAGUCCAAACCCAGCUGCUGUACUGCAGGCGUUUGUCGACUCAGACUCUGGGGUUCAGGGUUUGAUGUAGGGUUGUUCUUGUUUUGUCUCUUGCUCAAAUUUCCUCCACCACCCCAUCUUAUUAUCAGCGUCAACUAAUGUUUUAGCAAAACUUUACAUUGCAUCGCCAUACUGUGUAAUCCUUAACCAAUGAGCGCUUAUCCUUCUAAAGCACUGUGGGUUGUACUGAAGGAAAAAAAAAAAAGCCCACGACUUUUAAGGCUGUCUGUUUUUUUGUUUGUUUGUUGUUUUUUUUUAAAGGGAGGAGGGUGGGUGAGGGAAUGGGGGUACUUUGCCUUUGCCUUUCUCUUUACUUUGGAAAAAAAACAUUAAGGAAAAAUGUCUGUAACUGAAAUACAAAGUUGUGGCUUUUAAUGUUGUUCUUUUUUCUCCUCAUAGAAUGUGAUUGUUAAGGACAUGCGCCGGAAAUGUUUCCAUGGAUAAUGGAGCUUGUUUCGGACUAUAUUAAUAAAAUACACAUUUUCUUGGCUGUUA